AUGUCUCUUAUAACUAGAAAUGUGUUUCGUACUUUAGUACAGGGUUCUCAACAUGUUUCCAAGGGCCUUCACACUACUGCGGUAAAUCCUGACAAAAACGUAUGUUUCGCACCUCAAUCUAUCAGCACCUUGCAAGCAAGCAAGGAAGGUCACAUAAAAUGUACGCUCAUCCCUGGUGAUGGAGUGGGUCCUGAGCUGGUAUAUUCUGUUCAAGAAGUUUUCAAGGCAGCAAACAUUCCUGUGGACUUCGAAUCUUUUUUCUUCUCUGAAGUGAACCCAACAUUGAGUGCUCCUCUUGAAGAUGUCGUCAACUCCAUUGCUAAUAACAAGAUUUGUAUUAAGGGAAUCCUGGCAACCCCGGACUUCUCCCACACAGGAGAAUUACAGACCCUAAACAUGAAGCUACGUAAUGCAUUGGACCUUUACGCUAACGUGGUGCAUGUUAAGUCUCUGCCUAAUGUUUCCUCCAGGCACAAAGAUGUCGACUGCAUCAUCAUCAGAGAGCAGACUGAGGGAGAAUAUUCAGCCCUGGAGCACGAAUCUGUCCCUGGCGUGGUCGAAUGUCUGAAAAUCAUAACUGCGUCUAAAUCAGAGCGUAUAGCCAAGUUCGCGUUUGACUACGCGGUGAAGAUGGGACGUAAGAAGGUCACCGCCGUACACAAAGCUAACAUCAUGAAACUGGGCGAUGGACUGUUUUUGCGCAGCUGUGAGGAGAUCGCAAAACUUUACCCCCGCAUCCAAUUCGAAAAGAUGAUUGUCGACAACUGCACCAUGCAAAUGGUCUCUAACCCCAACCAGUUUGAUGUGAUGCUAACACCGAAUUUGUAUGGCAACAUCGUAGAUAAUCUCGCCAGUGGACUUGUAGGGGGCGCUGGUGUCGUCGCUGGAGCCUCUUACAGCGCCGAGUGUGCCGUCUUUGAGCAGGGUGCUCGUCACAUAUUCUCCGGUGCAGUGGGCAAGAACAUCGCAAAUCCUACAGCAAUGUUGCUGUGUUCGGCUAAUCUCUUAGCACACGUCAAUCUUCACUCCUACUCCAAAAUGAUCAAGGGUGCCAUUAACAAGGUGCUAUCUGAUGGCAAAGUGCGAACCAAAGACCUCGGCGGUCAAUCUACCACCAAAGCCUUCACUAACGCUAUUAUUCAUUGCCUAACAUAA